CAGGCCCGCGCAGGACACACGCACACACACGCACACACACACACACACACACCUUCCCGGUGUUUAAUAUUAGAUGUGCGUGACCCAUCCACGCAGGUCGCUGGUUGAAGAACAGCGAAACCCGGCCGGAGGGUCGAGUUCAGAGUUCAGGCUCAGCAACCAGAGAAAUGGUGGUCUCGGUGAAGAACGACACCCGGCUGACCAGUACCCAGAGCUUCCUCUGCUCUGGUUUCGCUGGUUUCUUCAGCAAAACCGUCACGUCUCCUCUGGAAGUUGUGAAGAUUAAACGUCAGGUGGGAACUUUUCACGGCAAAGGCGGAUUCCUGCAAACUUUUAUCGUCAUCUACCAGAAUGAAGGACUUCGAGGGUUUUGGAAAGGGAAUAUGGUCUCCUGUCUCCGGCUGUUUCCAUAUACAGCAGUUCACCUCACCACAUACAAGAAGAUCGUCCACCUUCACAUGGAUGAGCUGGGCUUUAUCUCCCAGUGGAGAGCCAUAGUAGCCGGCGGACUGGCUGGCGUCGCUGCCGCCCUGCUCACGUAUCCUCUGGAGGUGGCGGAGACCCGACUGAUCGUCCAGAACUGCAGACAGCGGACCUACAUCGGUGUAGCUCACACCAUCUCAAAGAUCUACAGGAACGAAGGCCUGCCUGCUCUCUACAGAGGAUUCUCCCUCACCGUUCUGGGUGCGGUUCCCUUUUCAGUCGGAUGCUAUGCGGUUUACAUGAAUUUGGACAAGCUGUGGCAGGAGCCAUCGUUUCGUUUCACUCCUCUGCAGAACUUCAUUAACGGCUGCAUUGCGGCGGGAGUGGCUCAAACGCUCUCAUACCCCUUUGAAACUGUUAAACGGAAAAUGCAGGCACAGAGUUCUCGUCUUCCCCAUUUUGGUGGCGUUGAUGUCCACUUCAGUGGAACGAUGGACUGCUUCAUGCAGGUUAUUAGAAACAAAGGCGUUCUGUCACUGUGGAACGGACUAACGGCCAACAUGAUAAAGAUUGUUCCUUAUUUUGGUCUUCUGUUCACCUGCUGCGAGAUGUGCAAGCAGAUGUGCCUCUACCGUAACGGCUACAUCGUCUCACCUCUGAGCUACCAGCCCACGCCGGGGGUCGACCAGAGCCUCGGGCCGUACGAGCUGGAGGAGGUCAGGCGCUACUUGAAAAACAGAAACUUUGGAUCAAGGGAGUCGUCUUUUGGGAACCGCUGGUGAAGCUGGAAAUGCAUCCUGCUGACAGAAAAAUGGAGGAAAAAUCAAAAACAUUCAUGAGACCCUCCAAGAGACUGAAACUAGGACUAUUUCAAGGUUAUAUAAUUUUUAUCUGACAGUAUUAAGCAUAAAUUGUGAGGAAUUUGUGACUCCAUUAUGUAAAAACCUGUGCCUUUGGUGUUGAAUAUUUAUUUUGGCCCCUGUUGCAGUUUUGGCUGCAUUAACUUCACAUUGUGCCACAGUCUGUUCUGAGGAUCACAGACUUUAACUGUGAUGAGUGAAUCUGAGCGUUAUGAUUGUAAAGAAUCAUCGAAUGCAACUUUUUCAUCCUUCAACAGAAGCAGGCGUUUAAGUGCUGAGACAAAUUGUUAUUGAAGGAAUCAAACAUUAAAAAUGUUUUAUUUUAACAAAAUCUAAGUGUUUAUUUUUUUAUGCGCACUCCAAAAAGAUAGAACUGCAUCCAAAAGCUGACUUUUUUUAAAAGCAAAAAAUGAGUUUAAUGUCUUAACAGUUGCAUUAUGUUUAAGCAAACUCUUUAAAUCCUCCUACAAUUUCAAUGUAUGACACAAAGCAAUGUUUUAUUCCAUUAUUUUAGCAAUGGUCGACCUUCCAAAUCCACAUUUUAUUUCAACAUUUUAUUACUAAACAUGAUUCUUUACGAGAAACUGCUACAUAAAGAUAACUGUGUCCAUCUACUCCAAAUGUAUUUUCGUAAUAAAAACUUUGUACA